AUGAGCGAGCAAGGCGGGGGGCAGCACGUCGGGGGCAGCCCGCCGGACACGGCCAUCGAGUCCUUCUCACAGCUCCCAUUCGUCCGCCCCAAGCCUCCGCAGCCCGCGGCGUCCUCGUCCAGUCCCUCGUCGAUCCGGCUGUUCGGCUUCGAGGUCCCACCCGACGCCGCCACGUCCUCCUCCGCAACCAGCAGCGCCACCGCAGCGGGGCAGGCGGCGGUGCCGGGUGCCGGUGCCGGUGCAGGUGCAGGCGACGGCAGCGGCGGCGGAGGGCGCAAGUUCGAGUGCCACUACUGCUGCCGGAACUUCCCGACGUCGCAGGCGUUGGGCGGGCACCAGAACGCGCACAAGCGGGAGCGGCAGCACGCGAAGCGCGCGCAGUACCAGAGCGCGAUGGCCAUGCAUCACGCCCACUACCCUGGCUACCCCCACGCGUACCCCGCCUUCACUGCUAGCUACCACCACCGCUUCGGCAUGCCGCGGUACGAGCCCCCGCCGGGACCGCCGCCGCACUACCUCUCGUGGUCCAACAGCCAUCCCACGCAGGCUGCUCCUCAGCCGGUGGUGGUGCCCAGAUACUACGGCGGGGUCGGCUCCCUGUCGCAGCCCAUCAACGGCAGCCCCGUGCCGGCUGCCGCUCUCUGGCGGGUCCCGGCCGUUACCGUGGCCGCCGCGCCACUGGUGCGCCAAGAGCGGCCCGCGCCGCUGUCCUUGGGCGGACGUGACGAGGAGGCAAUGGCAGGAGGAGCAAGAAGAGGGAAAGUCGCAGCAGCAGGACAGGGAGGCUCGCGUUCUUCCUCCUCGUCAUCCACCUCGUCGCAGCAUGAACGCCGCCGGGCAGGUGCUGCUGAGAACAGAGAGAACGUGAGUCUGGAUCUCACUUUGUAA